ACCUUCCCUCCCUCAUCCUUUUCUCAGUUCAGUUAGAUGUGCUGUUAAGUCCAGUAGAGUUUUUGCUUUUCUCUCUCAAGAUGUCCUGGACUCGAGUCUUCGUGCUCACUUUGCUCACAACCCUCCUCAUCCUCACCUUUUGUAGUCUGGUGAGAAGUGCAGCAGUGCGUGGCAACACAAAAGCAGCAGAUUCUAAAGGUGCAGCACGGAAGGUGUUUACGCCCGAGUCAGACGCCUCCAACUUCCUCAAACGCCGUGGUCGCCGUUCAACCCGAUACUAUGAGUUCCAAGUCGAGCAGAGAGUGAAGAUUGCUGCGAACGAGCGGUGGAGGGAGAACAAUGAAGAGCAAAGAGAUGAGUACGAACACUAUGUCAAGGAGGAGCGCGAUGAGCAAAAUGAGAGAUCGAGGGAGACGAAUGAGCAGUACAGAGAGUAUCACUACGACGGCCUCCAGCCUCGCUACUACUGGUUCCACUGAGCGUACUCUGUCACAUUCUUUUUUUAUAAAAACAAGUGUUCAAUAUGUCUCCACAUCAAACUGUAAAAUGUAUUAAAAGUGCAGUUUUUUGUAUUCUAUGCUCAACUUUAUAUCCUAUUAAAUGUUUUGCAUGCUUGUUUUUACUCCCUUUUGAACAUGUACAUAAGCUACACAAUGUCAGCCUGUGGCGUUAGCCGCAAUAAAAACCACCCUGUACAUUAA